GGGCCGUCAUCCUGAAAUUCAGCCUUCAGGGCCUCAAGAUCUACAGCGGGGAGGGUGAGGUCUCUAGGGGCCUCGUCCUGGCCUGAGCAUCAGGACCAUCCAGCCCCGUGAAGUUUUCGCCGGUGCCUGGGCUGCGGCCAGCCUCCCAUGCCUGUGGAGCAGCAGCUGGACUCAGGCUGGAGGCCACUGGGAAUUGCUGCUCCUCCACCUGUCCUCCUCCUGGGGAAGCCAGCGUCUGCGCAACAUGAACCUCACGCUGGGCCGUGCGCCUCACAACUCCGGGCGCCACUCACCUAAGACUGUGGUGCAAAGGCUGUCCCGGAGCUGUGCAUCGGAGGCCCUGGGGUCAGGUCCUGGGCCACGGGCAUGAAGUCUCAUUGCCCCUCACAAACAAGCCCCAUCAGAGGGGUCUACGCCCACUUAACACUUGCUACAAGAGAGCUUAGAGUGUACUCACCCGCCCAGGUCACAGGAGUGUGAGUGGCCCCCAGUUCCCUAACGAGGAUGUGUCAGUCCCAGCUGGUGGACGUCUGCCAGGAGUGGGGAGCCAGCGGUCCAAGCCCAGGGGCCAUAGGAAGGAUGAGGGUUGUGAUUUGAAGUGGGGUUUGGACAGGUCCGGAAGGAGGGAAGAGUUCUGUCCCUCAGGAGCCGGGUGGGCCUAAGCUGGGCGUAGUCUGCUGAGCGGACUUGGGAGGGCUGGCAGCCGCAGGCCAGCUGGGGGGUCUGCUGGAAGCCCUCAGGCCUGCUGCCUCCCCAGGCACUCCUGAUGGCUCACGCCCUGAGGCGCAUACUCUACUCCACCUGGUGCCCAGCUGACUGCCAGUUUGCCUUCAUGGCCCGGAACCCCCAGAGCCCAGCCAGCAAGCUGUUCUGCCACCUCUUCAUGGGCAGCCAACCUGGAGAGGUCCAGAUCCUGCACCUGCUACUCUGCCGCUCCUUCCAGCUUGCUUACCUCUUACAGCACCCUGAUGAGCGGGCGCAACCUGAGUCCUGCCUCGGUCCUACAGAGGAUGUGCCCCUGAAGCCACUGUCCAGCCCAGGGGGCCCCCCUGGCCUAGUAUGGGAGCCCUUCAGCCGUGAUCAGCUCUCACAGAACGUUCAUGCACUGGUCUCCUUCCGGCGACUGCCAGCGGAGGGGCCUCUGGGCAGUGGGGAGCUGCCAGAGUUGGCAGGCCGUGGGGGCGUUCGCCAUGCCCGCCUGGGGAAUCCCUACUGCUCACCCACACUGGUGCGCAAGAAGGCCAUUCGCAGCAAGGUGAUCCGCUCUGGGGCCUACCGCGGCUGCACCUAUGAGGCCCAGCUGCAGCUGUCCGCUCGGGAGGCCUUUCCCGCAGCAUGGGAGGCAUGGCCCCAGGGUGCUGGUGGCCCCUGGUGCCUGGUGGAGAGCGAGGGCAGCCUGACAGAGAACAUCUGGGCCUUUGCUGGCAUCUCCAGACCCAGUGCCCUCGCUCUGCUGCGGAGAGACGUGCUUGGGGCCUUCCUGCUGUGGCCUGAGCCUGGCGCCCCUGGCCAGUGGUGCCUGUCGGUGCGGACACAGUGCGGCGUGGUCCCCCACCACGUCUUCCGCAACCACCUGGGCCGCUACUGCGUGGAGCACCUGCUGGCUGAGUUCCCCAGCCUGGAGGCCCUGGUGGAGCACCACGCUGGGACGGAGCGCAGCCUAUUCUGCUCCCUCGACAUGGGCCGCCGGAACCCCGGCUAUGAGGAGCAGGACAGCGGGCCGGAGGGCAGGCCCCCCCGGACACUCCGGCCCCUUGGCCAUGCCAAGUCCGAAGCAGAGCCUCAGGGCCUGGGCUAGCAGGCUGGGUCCCAUGCCCAUGGCCCCUCCACACCCUGGCUCGGGGGCCUCUGCAGGCCUCUCUGCCCUUCUUCCACCCCUCUGGUCACCAGUUCCAUCCACUGCCCCUUGGACCAGUCUUCCAUCACUUCACUGCCAGGCGGGGCGGGGGGAGCUCUGAGAUUGGGGGUGGCCAGUGGCUUCUCACGGUACAUGUGGCCCACAUCGCAGGAGGGGCAGGUGGAGCUCCAGGCUUCCAUUCACUUGCUGGGCGACUGGAUGCUUGUCUCUGGGCCUCACUUUACUUGGAGAGGAGCUUCCUGAGGUGGCCAGGAAGGUUUGUUCGUGCUGGAAGUGUAGCCCUCUUCUAGGGAGUCUGCAGAGUGCCUGACUGAAGCCGCCAGGCAUGUGAGGGAGGUGAAGACUGGGGCUGAGACACCUCCAUGAGGGAAAGUGAGGACGCAGUGGAAUUUGUGGGCAUGGCGACGGGUUGGGCCACCUCCAAGUGGACAGAACACAGACUGUUUCUCACGUCAUCUGAGGUGAAAGGAGUCAAGUUCUGAGGAGGGGGGGUUAGGAGGGUGCAGAAGGGGUAGGGUGGAUGAAGCCAGGACACCCAAAGCCCAUGGCAGGUGUACACAACGUGUGUGUACAGAGAACACCAGCAGACGGGGCCGAGAAGGCUAGUUCGUCUCCACUCAGAACCACAGGGUUGUGAUGCCUGCUUUCCUGGAAGGGAUGCCCCUGUUCCAUCCCCACCCCCACACCCCUGAGAGCCACCAAGACACACACACACGCGCGCGCGCGCUCAUUUCCCUUGGCCAUUUGGGAGAAGACGCUGUCCGAUUCCGGCAUUUCGCUUAGUGUGGUACCGACCAUACCUGUAAGGGGCCACCUCACUGAGCCUGCUUCAGUCAGUUGAAGUGAGGGGCCUUGGCCUCAGUGGGGAGUGGGGUCCAGGGAAAUGAUUCAGGUCUAAGGCCGUGGCCCUGCUGUGACUGACAGACCCCUUUAUAAGUAACCUUGGCAGAUGGACAUGAAUCUACCGAAUUAAGUUAGGGAGCAAGUCCACUUUGGAUAAACUUGUAUUCCUGAGGUGGAGGCCUAGUUGUGAGUCUGGGGGCUGCCCUGUCCAUCUGAGAAUAGGGUGUGACCGUUCAGUGCCUUGAAAGUGAGAUUUCUAACCCCCCGGAAAGAGGUUAGAAGGGAGACACCCUAACAGGUGAGGGAGACAGGGGACCCUAGGCAGGCCAGGCCUGGUGUUUCCAGCUUACAACCCCCAGCCCAGGAAAGGGUCUUGGCUGGGGAACUUGUCAGUUUUAUCACAAGGGAUAGGAGGAGCUUCCUUUGGGGGCUCUUUCCCCUAGAACUGCAGCAAUGGUUUUUAUACUGAAUGUGAGUGGGAAGCCAGGACUCAUCUUAUGGCCAUUUCUGCACUGAGCAAAGCUGGGUCCUGGGCAAAGCCCUGGUCUCUAGUAGGAGGCCACAGCCUCACAUUUUCUUGGCAAGAAGAAGCGUUUGGUGGUGAUAUGCUGUCCAGGAUUACAGCCCUGGAGAUGCAUAUUUAAGAAGACCUGGUGACUGGUCCAGACUUAGACCAAAGCUUACCUCUAUGAGGGAAGGGUUUUGUGGGGCAAAUUAUCCAUGUGGACAAGGUAUCGGGAAUGUUCCCAAAACACGUUAACAUUCCUCCACACAGCGUUCAUCGUGCCACAAAUAGGGCAAGGUUUUUGACCCACAUGUGCAGAUGCCUCGGUGUCUUAAUUAUAGAUGACAGUUUUCUCUUUGUUCCAACUAGCACUACCUGGGUAGCCCAGCUCUUCUUACUGUGUGGAUUUGAAACGAAUAAAAUGCAUUUCUUCAGAUCAUCCAGUACAGA